UAAAAUUAAAUAAAAACUAAAUUAUUUUGACGUACAAUAAGGAUUAUGCCUUUCUCAUGCCUACACAACACCUCCACCGCCCUUCCCCACGCAACUUCCACCUCUUCUCCCUCUACAAAAAAAAUUAUAUAUAUAUAUAAAUUUGCUCUCUCCACUCUCUCACUAAACAACUAACUCUCUCUCUCCUCUUUCAGCUCUCUUCUCUCUCUAAAAACCUCUCCAUAUUUCAUUAUCUGAUUUCUCAUAUGGCUCUAGAAGCAUUGAAUUCUCCUCACAAAGUAGAAGAAACUGUCGAUCAUCACUCGUCCGAUCAGAAAUGGACGAAGAAGAUUCGAUCCAAACGUUCAAGAACCGAUUCAUCAUCAUCAACAUCAACGAUGACCGAAGAAGAAUAUUUAGCUUUCUGCCUAAUCAUGCUCGCUCGUAACGGAAGAUCUGAAGGUAUUAUUGCAGGAAUUUCUGAACCAGAUCUAUCUACAAUCUCUAAAUCACUUUCCUAUAACUGCAAUGUCUGUCAUAAAUCAUUCAAUUCAUAUCAAGCUCUCGGCGGUCAUAAAGCAAGUCAUCGCAAAUCAACAACCGCCGAUGAUCAAUCUCAAUCUCAAUCGCAACCGCAACCGUCAACAACAUCUUCCGCUAUAAAUCUGCUUAAUCCGAGUGGACGUAUGCACGAAUGUUCGAUCUGUCAUAGAUCGUUUACUACUGGACAAGCGCUCGGCGGUCAUAAACGUCGUCACUACGAAGGCGGUGCUGCCGCCGUUGCCGCGGCGGCGGCGACGUCGUCGUCGAUUGAAGGAGCUGGAUCGAGUUAUCAACAACAGCAGCAUGAUUUUGAUCUGAAUUUGCCGGCGUUGCCGGAAUUAGGGCUUGGAUUGAGCGUUGAUUGUAGAAUGAAAAGUAAAUUGGAUGAAGAACAGGAAGCGGAGAGUCCUUUGACGAUGAAGAAACCGAGAUUAUCGAUGUCAAAUUUCAAUUAAUUUUAUUUAUUUAUUAUUAUUACAGAAUAUAUUAUAGAAUAG